AUGACUGUCGCCUGUUUUAUCGAAGAGGACUCGUUGGCCAGCAGCACCCUCUGUGCUAAGCGGACGGAGCCCUGGUGGCACAGGGGGUUGACAGCGCCCGGCUGCAGACCCGAAGAGGAACUCCUUAAUAACUUUGCCCAGCAAAUAGGAGCUUGGAGAUUCUGCCUGUACUUUCUUUCCAGCACUAGGAAUGAUUAUGUAAUGAUGUACAGUUUAACAGUUUUUGAGAAUUUGAUCAAUAAGCUGUGGCUUGGGGUCCCAUCUCAGGAUAAGAUGGAAAUCCGUAGCUGCCUGCCCAAACUUCUUUUGGCCCACCAUAAAACCUUACCUUACUUUAUCCGGAACAAACUCUGCAAAGUUAUUGUUGAUAUUGGCCGUCAAGACUGGCCAAUGUUCUACCAUGACUUUUUUACUAACAUUUUACAGUUGAUCCAGUCCCCUGUGACAACCCCCCUUGGACUGAUCAUGUUGAAGACAACUUCAGAGGAGCUGGCGUGUCCCCGUGAAGACCUCAGCGUGGCUCGGAAGGAGGAGUUGCGGAAGCUGCUGCUAGAGCAGGUGCAGACAGUGCUUGGGCUACUGACAGGUAUCUUAGAAACCGUCUGGGACAAACACAGUGUUACUGCUGCUACUCCACCACCAUCCCCAACCUCAGGAGAAAGUGGUGACUUGCUGAGUAACCUGCUGCAGAGUCCUAGUUCAGCCAAACUCUUGAAUCAGCCAAUCCCCAUCCUUGACGUGGAGAGUGAGUAUAUCUGUUCUCUGGCACUGGAGUGCCUGGCUCAUCUCUUCAGUUGGAUUCCUCUGUCUGCCAGCAUCACCCCAUCCCUUCUUACCACCAUCUUCCACUUUGCACGCUUUGGCUGUGACAUCCGGGCCAGAAAGAUGGCAUCAGUGAACGGCAGCAGCCAGAACUGUGUCUUGGGUCAGGAGCGUGGCCGGCUUGGGGUUCUCGCCAUGUCCUGCAUCAACGAACUCAUGUCCAAGAACUGUGUGCCUAUGGAAUUUGAGGAGUAUUUACUGCGUAUGUUCCAGCAGACUUUCUACCUCCUGCAGAAAAUCACAAAGGAUAACAAUGCUCACACAGUGAAGAGCAGAUUAGAAGAACUUGAUGAGAGCUACAUCGAGAAGUUUACUGACUUUCUUCGGCUCUUUGUGAGUGUUCACUUGAGAAGAAUUGAAUCCUACUCCCAGUUCCCUGUGGUGGAGUUUUUGACACUUUUAUUCAAGUACACGUUUCACCAGCCUACUCACGAAGGUUACUUUUCUUGUUUGGAUAUCUGGACACUUUUUUUGGACUAUCUGACAAGCAAAAUUAAAAGUCGUCUGGGAGACAAGGAAGCAGUUCUCAACAGGUACGAAGAUGCCCUGGUCCUCUUGCUUACAGAGGUGUUGAAUCGAAUCCAGUUCAGAUAUAACCAGGCCCAGUUGGAGGAGUUGGACGAUGAGACACUGGAUGAUGAUCAGCAGACAGAGUGGCAGCGGUACUUACGGCAGAGCUUGGAGGUGGUGGCCAAAGUGAUGGAGCUCCUCCCCAGCCACGCCUUCUCCACGCUGUUUCCAGUUCUUCAGGACAAUUUAGAAGUUUAUCUGGGUUUACAACAAUUUGUAGUUACUUCAGGGUCAGGACACAGGUUGAACAUCACAGCAGAGAAUGACUGCCGGCGACUGCACUGCUCCCUGAGAGAUUUGAGCUCCCUGCUGCAGGCUGUGGGCCGGCUAGCCGAGUAUUUUAUCGGUGAUGUGUUUGCUGCCCGGUUCAACGAUGCCUUCACCGUUGUGGAGAGAUUGGUAAAAGUUACUCUGUAUGGGUCUCAGAUAAAAUUGUACAACAUUGAGACAGCUGUGCCGUCAGUACUGAAACCUGACCUCAUUGAUGUACAUGCUCAGUCGUUGGCGGCUCUCCAGGCUUAUUCUCACUGGUUAGCCCAGUACUACAGUGAAGUUCAUCGGCAGAACACACAACAGUUUGUGUCCCUGAUCUCCACUACCAUGGAUGCAAUCACACCUCUGAUCAGCUCCAAGGUCCAAGACAAGUUGCUCCUGUCUGCCUGCCACUUACUCGUCUCUCUCGCCACCACCGUGCGGCCAGUCUUUCUGAUCAGCAUCCCCGCAGUCCAGAAGGUGUUCAACAGAAUCACUGACGCCUCUGCCCAGCGGCUGGUCGACAAGGCUCAGGUGUUGGUGUGCCGAGCUCUCUCUAAUAUCCUGCUGCUUCCAUGGCCAAACCUCCCUGAGAAUGAACAGCAGUGGCCUGUGCGCUCCAUCAACCACGCCAGCCUCAUCUCCGCACUCUCCAGAGACUAUCGCAACCUGAAGCCCGAUGCUGUCACUCCACAGAGAAAGGUGCCACUGGAUGACACCAAAGUGAUCAUCCACCAGACACUGGGUGUCUUAGAAGAUAUUGUGGAGAAUAUCUCUGGGGAGUCCACCAAGUCCCGGCAGAUCUGCUACCAGUCGCUGCAGGAGUCUGUCCAGGUCUCCCUGGUCCUCUUCCCAGCUUUCAUCCAUCAGUCAGACGUGACUGAUGAGAUGCUGAGCUUCUUCCUCACUCUGUUUCGAGGCCUUAGAGUACAGAUGGGCGUGCCUUUCACCGAACAGAUUAUACAGACUUUCCUCAAUAUGUUUACCAGAGAGCAGUUGGCCGAGAGCAUCCUCCAUGAGGGCAGCACGGGCUGUCGUGUGGUGGAGAAGUUCCUGAAGAUCCUGCAGGUGGUGGUUCAGGAACCUGUCCAGGUGUUCAAGCCCUUCCUCCCCAACAUCAUCUCCCUGUGCAUGGAGCAGGUGUACCCCAUCAUUGCUGAGCGUCCCUCCCCUGAUGUGAAGGCCGAGCUGUUCGAGCUGCUUUUCCGGACGCUCCAUCACAAUUGGAGGUACUUCUUCAAGUCCAGUGUCCUGGCCAGUGUCCAGAGGGGGAUUGCUGAGGAGCAGAUGGAGAAUGAGCCCCAGUUCAGUGCCAUCAUGCAGGCUUUUGGACAGUCCUUUCUCCAGCCUGACAUCCACCUAUUUAAACAGAAUCUAUUCUACUUGGAGACACUCAACGCCAAGCAGAAGCUCUACCACAAGAAGAUCUUCCGGACCACCAUGCUGUUCCAGUUCGUGAAUGUGCUGCUCCAGGUCCUGGUUCACAAGUCCCACGACCUUCUGCAGGAGGAGAUCGGCAUCGCCAUUUACAACAUGGCCUCCGUCGACUUUGAUGGCUUCUUUGCGGCCUUCCUCCCGGAGUUCCUGUCCAGCUGUGAUGGUGUAGAUGCCAACCAGAAAAAUGUGCUGGGGCGGAAUUUCAAGAUGGAUCGGGACCUGCCCUCGUUCACCCAGAACGUGCACAGGCUAGUCAACGACCUGCGCUACUACAGACUCUGCAACAACAGCCUGCCACCUGGCACCGUGAAGCUCUAG